GGUGUAAAAGAAAACACAGCACAGCAUAGCACACACUGAGGCUAAACAUGGCACCUAAUACCAUUUUCUUGCUCUCCUUCACAUCUUCCUCCUUACCCACACCCUUAUUCAACCACCAUCUCCACACCCAAUUCAGAUCUUCCCGCAAACCAUUCGUUUCCUUUUCCAAGGCUACGACUUUCUCCUUCACCGCCUCGGCGGCCACGGUGGAUAAAGGAAGGGUCGUUCACGGAGGACAAAACGCGGAGGAAGAAACGUUCAAGCAACCAAGACCAACCGAAGUCUACAUCUGCAACCUUCCAAGAAGCUGUGACGUACAACAUCUACUUCAUAUGUUCAACCCUCAUGGAACCGUACUCUCUGCUCAGGUUUGCCGCAGUGAGGAGACUGGUGAGAGUAGAGGGAGUGCUUAUGUCACAAUGGCAUCUAUUGACUCCGCAAAAAAGGCAAUUGAGGCAUUGGAUGCAUCGGAUGUUGGUGGGCGCGAAGUGCUGGUUAGAUUUUCAGCUGAGAUGAAUCCCAAGAGGAGGAGGAAUCUUGACACGAUGAAUUCGUUACCCAUGAGAACUAUAUACUAUGAAGGUCCUCAUAAGUUGUAUGUUGGGAAUCUUUCCAAGUUUACCAUGCCUGAAGACCUGAGGCAGCUUUUUGGUAGAUUUGGUAAUGUGACCAGUGUAAGGGUGUUGCAAGAUACGAGACAAGGAAAACAAAGGGUUUAUGCGUUUGUUUCCUAUCUUUCAGAGAGAGAACGAAAUGCUGCACUAUCUCUCAAUGGAACGGUGCUUUGUGGUCGAACACUAGUGAUUAGAGAGCGUUUAAAGAGAGAUGAAUAAGAUCUGACAGGAUAUUCAGAUUUUGCGUAGUGAUAGUUGCAAUUUUGAUUGUUUGGGAGGAAGCUCUGGUCUGGUAUCCAUAACUGAGAUUGAUGGGAGAACUUGAGAGCUAGAAUAUGUCAGCAAGUGGGGGUAGAUCUACUGUGAAAAGUCCAUCAAAAUCUGGAUUUAUUCCUUGUAUUCAAAUUUCCAAUCAUCAAUAUCUCUGUAUAUUUGAUAGUUCAAAAUAUGAUUUUUUGAGUGAAAAAGUAUUCAACUUAAGAUCAAGAAAUAGAAUGGCAGACCUGAUAGGAAACUUCA